AUGUUUACAAUUCCUCAAAUGUUACGCUUUUCGAUUUCCUUUCUAUCCAUCUUAAGCGCGAAAAAUGUUGCUUUGAAUUCACAGUCAUCAAUAGCAGGAGCUGUUAUGACUGUUAAUGAUGCUUCUGAUUUCUCAGCAACUUUAGCACAGCAGUUUCUAAAUGGUGGUUGUACAACAUUGAAAAUAGAUUCAUUGUCCGCCCUCCCAACAGGAACUUCUAAAACAGUCUUUGAUUAUGUGCAAAUCCUUGAUCUAACAGGUUCCCAAAUUACUAAUAUUCCCGAAAUUUAUUUCCUUUCAAACAAUGUCAUCCAAGAAGUCAAACUGAAGACGGGAACUUCAAUUUCAGCUCUUGCCUUCAAACUUUCUUCAAUUAAAACAAUAAAUUUCGCAUCUGUCACUACAAUUGCUCAGAGUGCUUUCGAAUCAUGUUACAAUAUCGGUGAUGUUACAGUUUCCUACCAAUUAGGCGAAUCUGCAUUUGCCAGUAGUGGAAUUAAGACAUUGACGCUUUCUGGUUCAGCAAACAUUCCAAAAUCUCUAUGUGCGAACUGUAGAUCACUUACAAGUGUCACGUUUACAUCCUCAUUAAGCGUUGGUGACUCCGCUUUCCAAAAUUGUUACAAACUUGCUAGUUUUCCACCGGAAAAGGCAACUUCAGUCGGAGAAAAUGCUUUUGAGAACUGUUACGCUCUUACUAGCUUCAAAACAGCAUCUCCUUUAAACGAAUUUAGGAUUUCGAAUUCAGCUUUCGAAAAUUCCGGCCUAAAGGAGCUUGUCAUGCCAGGAUCAGCAUCACAAGGUUCAUAUUCCAUUGGAAACCGCGCUUUCUAUGGUUGCAAACUCGAAACAUUGACAAUUUAUCCAAAUUGGGAUAUUUCUUCAUCAACAAAUGGCUUUUCAAAGAAUCUAGAGCUUACAACUGUUGAUAUUCAGAUUCAAGACAUUUAUUCCAUUUCAGCAGAAUUAUUUUCACGUUGUUCCAAAUUAUCUUCAAUAAAUCUUCAAAAAGCAGGAACUAUUAAUUCAUAUGCAUUCUAUUACUGCACUUCAUUAACAACCAUUGAUAUUUCUUCAUGUACAAGGGUUGCAAUGUCCGCAUUUCAAGGUUGUUCGCAACUUGAAACGAUAACUUUCAAAAGUGAUGUAAGUUUGGGUAAAUAUUCAUUUAGUAACAUCAAAGGACCAGAAGAAAUGGUUCUUUCAAAUGAUAUGUCAUACGAUAACUAUGUUUUUUCAGGCGCAACAGGAAUAAAAAGAGUUACAUUGAAAGGAUUUCCAAGAGUAGGAAUGUUUGCAAAUUGUCCUAACUUAGAAUUUGUUGAUUUAUCACAAACUACUAGUAUUCCAAAUUAUUGUUUCUUUAAUUGUCCGAAAUUGACUUUAUCUAAUACAGAAAUAACUUGUUAG